UAAAGUUUUCCGUAAAUAAAAGUUGGGUGCUGCAAUUUCAUCUCACGUAUUCUCACCACCCAACACUGCAAACUAAGCUAAACCUGCAACAAAACGCCGCACUAUCAAUUUUGCUUCGUUGCUUGACGCGAAAAUGAAAGUGAAACCUGUUACCGGGUAGCCUGCUGGCGCUCGAAGAACAAGUCGGAGAGGCAGAAUCACACUAUGUGUUUGUUAAAAAUAUUAAUUUUGUUCCUAUUUCUUUUCACGGGCGUACAUACACUGUCAUGGGUGUGGUGUAAGUUUAGUGACCAUCAUGUGCUCAUCAAUAACGAGGGUGUCCGUGACGUUCAACACCAGGAAAGAGCUGGCAUGCUGCAGUUGGGUCACAGAGGUGACCCCCCCUUGAACCCUGAUGCCAUCACUUUCUUGGUACAUGAGUCCAAACUGAACCUGCAGAGCUAUGUGAAGGACAUGGAAGUGGAUCACCUGGAUUGCGCAAUUCAUAGAUCCUUCACCGACCCACACAUCCAUGUGAACUGGCCUGGGCAGAAGUCCCGUCAGUACAACUCUUGGUUCAGCUUCACCCUGACACACAGAGAGAGUCUGUUCGCUGUCUCGGGAAUCCUCAGAUACCCGACUGAGCCCCCACCUUCUGAAGAGCAGGCCGCUCACACCUGGCCUGUUAUUGAAGACAGACAGACACUUUUUACAACAGUUGCGAUGAUCCUGAAAACACAAACUCCCUUUGUGACGACGGGUGUGGGGUUCCGAAAAAAGCUCCAUUGCCAGUUUGCUGUGGACCACAAGAGACCAAACGUGACUGCUCAAUGGAAAUAUCAGCACCACGAAGUUCUCUUCAGCCACGCUGGGAAGACCCAGGACACAGGAGUUGACCUGAAGAAUCUAGCAGGCGGUGACCUUUCUUACACUCUGCCCUUUACUAAAGUUGUCCAUGCUGGGACGUACACGUGCUCAGUCUCUGUGGUUCCGCUGUUUGCCAAACUAGACAUUAGUCUAGAAAUUCAAGAAUCUCCCCAGGUGUCUCUCAAUGUGGCUCCUACUCUUACUUUGCAAGAAGGUGAGGAGAAGAAGGUGGUUUGUGAGGCAGAGAACUACUACCCUCUAGAUGUGCUCUUCGUGUGGCACGAGCGGGACCCGGAAGUUUCGGCCCAGAGAGUCGGCGCUCCUCUCCCAAAGGAGCUCAAGAAUGUUUUGCUAUCCAGCCACAAACACAACACGGACAAGACUUUCUCGCUAUCGGGCUUCUUCUAUCUCCAGGCUUCCAUCGCACAAUCGGGGAGACAGUUCACUUGCACAGUCUCCCAUUCGUCCCUGCGGAUGCCCAUUAAAAAGAGCUUCAUUCUGAUAGUUGAAGAACCAAGCAGCUGGGUGUUCCUUCUCACUGUUGGCAGUGUUAUAGUCCUGCUGCUGCUCGUCCUCUUUUUUACACUGAAAUAUUUCUACCAAGCGAGAAAGCGUUUGGUGGAGAAGAAGCCAUACUGAUGCAUCAUGAAUGGAGAUGAACAGUCCAAAACAAAAGCAAGAAAGGCUGUAUCUCUACAUUUUACCAUUACUUUAAACAUGUUUCUAAUUGACUUAUUUUAGUCAAUUACGGUUUUUAAAAUAGAACAUACAAAGUUCCGGGACAUUGAUUGAACUCCAAUUUGCUGUUUGCUAUUUUUUGCAAUGAAAGUACAGUGGAACGCCUUCAUUUACACAUACUUCCCAACCCUCCCGGAUUUUCCGGGAGACUCCCGAAAUUCAGUGCCUCUCCCGAAAACCAAAUUUUCUCCCGAAAAUCUCCCGAAAUUCAGGCAGAGCUGGAGGCUAAGCCCCCUCCAGGUACAUACGUACCUGAGUGAGAACAGCCUGUUUUCACGUCUGCUUUCCCACAAAAUAAACAGCGUGUCUGCCCAAUGACGUUAUACAACUGUAGAAUGAUCGAGGGCGAGUUCUUGGUUUCUUAUGUGGGUUUAUUAUUUGGCAAUUUCAUUAACGUCCUCCCAGCGCGGUAACAACACACAACAGCAGUCACGUUUUCGUCUACCGUAACGCAGUUCAUCUGCCGUAAACAGCAAUGUUGUGACACUCUUAAACAGGACAAUACUGCCAUUUACUGUACAUAGAGAUGUGACAAUAACAUCUACGGCUUUUAGAGAGUGCAGUGCACAACCGCGCACACAACAAUGACACGAAGAUGGAGGAUUCCAGACUCUAGUGCAUUUGAUGAAAGCACUUUUGAGCGUGCCACACAGCAAUGCAUCAUCAGAGAGGGUGUUGUUUCUGAACAAUUCAACAACAUAUAAAUACAGUGGGGUAAAAAAGUAUUUAGUCAGCCACCGAUUGUGCAAGUUCUCCCACUUAAAAUGAUGACAGAGGUCUGUAAUUUUCAUCAUAGGUACACUUCAACUGUGAGAGACAGAAUGUGAAAAAAAAAAUCCAGGAAUUCACAUUGUAGGAAUUUUAAAGAAUUUGUAAAUUAUGGUGGAAAAUAAGUAUUUGGUCAACCAUUCAAAGCUCUCAUUGAUGGAAGGAGGUUUUGGCUCAAAAUCUCACGAUUCAUGGCCCCAUUCAUUCUUUCCUUAACACGGAUCAAUCUUCCUGUCCCCUUAGCAGAAAAACAGCCCCAAAGCAUGAUGUUUCCACCCCUAUGCUUCACAGUAGGUAUGGUGUUCUUGGGAUGCAACUUCUUCCUCCAAACACGACGAGUUGAGUUUAUACCAAAAAGUUCUAUUUUGGUUUCAUCUGACCACAUGACAUUCUCCCAAUCCUCUGCUGUAUCAUCCAUGUAUCCAUUUUGGGGAGAUGGCAGGUGGUGGUGCCGAAGACUCUGAGGGACGCAGUGCUUAAGGUGUGUCAUGGGGGAAUGAGCUCAGGGCAUUUUGGCCGCACAAACACGCUCUGUUGGUUGCCCCAAGGGUUCUAUUGGGGUCAGCACCAACGGGAAGUGGAGGACUUCUGUUGGCGCGGUAAUGAGUGCACAGCCUACAAGGGACCCCAAGACCGGUCACAGGCACCACUUCAGCAGCCAGGGGUUGGAGCACCCAUUGAGAGGGUAGCUGUGGACAUUAUUGGCCCUUUUCCCAUAACAGACAGAAGAACCAAGUAUGUGCUUUACGCGAUGGAUUAUUUUACCAAGUGGCCGGAGCCCUACGCACUGCCGGUCCAAGAAGCAGUGACAGUGGCAGAUGCCUUACCGGAGGGCAUGUUCAGUCGCUUGAAACUGCAGAUAUCCUCCACAGUGACCAGGGCAGUAAUUUUGAAUCCAGAGUUUUUGCUGCCCUGUGUGAAAGACUGCACAUGCAAAAGACACGCACAACUCCCUUGCAUCCGCAAAGUGAUGGACAAGUGGAGCGGUUUAAAAGCCUACUGAAACCUACUACUACCCACCACGCAGUCUGAUAGUUUAUUUAUCAAUGAUGAAAUAUUAACAUUGCAACACAUGCCAAUACGGCCGGUUUAGUUUACUAAAUUGCAAUUUUAAAUUUCGCGCGGAAGUAUCAUGCUAAAACGUUGCGGUAUGAUGACGCGUGCGCGUGACGUCACGCAUUGUAGUGGACAUUUUGGUCCACCACCGUUCACAGCUAUAAGUCGUCUCUUUUCAUCGCAUGAUUCCACAGUAUUAUGGACCUCUGUGUUGAUGAAUCUUUUGCAAUUUGUUCAAUUAAUAAUGGAGACGUCAAAGAAGAAAGAUGUAGGUGGGAAGUGGUGUAUUGUGGCCGCCUUUAGCAACACAAACACAGACAGUGUUUCCUUGUUUCCUUGUUUACAGUCCCGAAAGAUGACGGUAAAGCUUUACUAUGGAACAGGGCGGUCAAGCGAACGUUGUUCCCUACCACAUAUCAACUGGCAGGUUUCGGUGAGAAAAUGGUGGUAAUAAGUUGGCUCCUACCGUUGACAUGAGUGGAGAGCUUGCGUUUUCCUCCUGCACCUGUCAAAGAGGCAGCUGCGAACCCUCUUGCCUCCUUCCACCGGCCGCCCCCGACCGUCGAAUGCUUCUACCGUCGAGGAAGCAUCGGCUGCCUUCGCCUCGUCGAGAAACGUGGCUUCCUUCGGAGACACUGGCGGUCACCACACACCUCUGACUUUCAGGUUGUGCAGGUACGACCAUAUAUUCUCACUAAAAAACUAGUAACACAAUAAGCAGAUAAGGGAUUUUCCAGAAUUACCCUAAUAAAUGUGUCUAAUAACAUCUGAA